GGUGGGGCGGCAGGAAAGGCCGGGCCCGGGCAUGAAUCACCCUCGCGCUGCGCUUCCCUCCCCCCGGCCCUGCCCUUAAGAGCCCGGCCGGGGCCUCCGCCCGCGAGUACUUGUCGGGGCAGCCAGUAGCUGCGAGCGCCUCCUCGCCCCGCUCUGCACCGCGCCCAGCAACCAGCUGCCGCCGCCCCCCCCGGCCCCGGCUAGCAGCCACCAUGCCCAAGCCGAUAAAUGUUCGAGUUACCACUGUGGACGCAGAGCUGGAGUUUGCCAUCCAGCCUAACACCACAGGCAAGCAGCUGUUUGACCAGGUGGUGAAAACGAUAGGCCUGCGUGAAGUCUGGUACUUUGGUCUUCAGUAUGAGGACAACAAAGGAUUUCAGACUUGGCUGAAACUUGAUAAAAAGGUCUCCGCUCAGGAAGUCAGGAAAGAAAGCCCCCUCCAGUUCAGAUUCCGUGCCAAGUUCUUCCCUGAGGAUGUCUCUGAGGAGCUGAUCCAGGACAUCACCCAGAAGCUCUUCUUUCUGCAAGUGAAGGAAGGGAUCCUCAGUGAUGAGAUCUACUGCCCACCUGAAACGGCAGUUCUGCUCGGCUCCUAUGCCGUACAGGCCAAAUUUGGAGACUACAAUAAGGAUGUGCACAAGCCUGGAUACCUCAACUCGGAACGCCUUAUCCCCCAACGUGUGAUGGACCAGCACAAGCUUUCCAGAGAUCAGUGGGAAGAGCGGAUCCAGGUCUGGCAUUCUGAACACGGUGGAAUGCUCAAAGAGGAUGCCAUGCUAGAAUAUCUGAAGAUUGCUCAGGACUUGGAGAUGUAUGGGAUCAACUACUUUGAGAUCAAGAAUAAGAAAGGAACUGAGCUCUGGCUGGGAGUAGAUGCACUGGGGCUGAACAUUUAUGAGAAGGAAGACAAACUGACCCCAAAGAUUGGCUUCCCUUGGAGUGAAAUCAGAAACAUCUCUUUCAAUGACAAAAAGUUUGUUAUAAAACCCAUUGACAAGAAGGCACCGGACUUUAUAUUUUAUGCUCCUCGUCUAAGAAUUAACAAGAGGAUCUUGCAGUUGUGCAUGGGCAACCAUGAGCUGUACAUGCGCCGUAGGAAGCCUGACACCAUUGAGGUGCAACAGAUGAAAGCACAGGCCCGUGAGGAGAAACACCAGAAACAAAUGGAAAGGCAACAGCUAGAAAAUGAGAAGAAGAGGAGAGAGACUAUUGAGAGGGAGAAAGAGCAGAUGCUGAGGGAGAAAGAAGAGUUGGUGAUGAGACUACAAGAGUAUGAACUGAAGACCCAGAAAGCAGAGAGAGAGCUCUCGGAUCAGAUCCAACGAGCCAGGCAACUUGAGGAGGAGAGGAGACGAGCCCAGGAAGAAGCUGAGCGUCUAGAAGCUGACCGCUUGGCUGCCCUUCGGGCCAAGGAAGAGCUAGAGAAGCAAGCCAUUGACCAGAUAAAGAGCCAGGAACAGCUGGCUACUGAGCUUGCAGAAUAUACAGCCAAGAUUGCCCUUCUGGAAGAGUCCAGGAAACGUAAGGAGAAUGAAGUUGAAGAGUGGCAGCACAGGGCUAAGGAAGCCCAGGAAGAUCUAGUAAAGACGAAAGAAGAGCUACACUUGGUAAUGACUGCCCCACCUCCACCGCCACCACCUGUCUAUGAGCCAGUGAACUACCAUGUCCACGAUAACUUGCAAGAAGAAGGAUCAGAAUACUCUGGCUACAGCGCAGACUUAUCAAGUGAAGGGAUCUUGGAUGACCGCAAUGAAGAGAAGCGCAUUACUGAAGCAGAGAAGAACGAGCGUGUGCAGAGGCAGUUGAUGACCUUGUCGAGUGAGCUGGCCCAGGCAAGGGAUGAAAACAAGCGGACCCACAAUGACAUGAUCCAUUCGGAGAACAUUCGACAAGGACGUGACAAGUACAAGACACUGAGGCAGAUCCGACAGGGCAACACCAAACAGAGAAUUGAUGAGUUUGAGGCUAUGUAAAUAGUGUUUACAGCCAAAAAGGCAAGACUAUGGGGCAAAAGCAGUCUUUUAAUGCUGAUUUUUGGGUUUUAUUUUUUUUCUGAGGGGUCACUGUAUGACACGCUUAUCAAAUGCUCAGCCUAAAAGAGAUCCCAAUGGCUGUUUAUCCUCCAACUUUUAGUACCAAAAUGUGAUAACUGCCCAUUGGGUCUGUCAACCAAACCAUUUUUCCUGGUAAUCUUUGUUCAUGCAUAUCCUAGUGCCAAAAGGCCUUUAUGUAAUGUCCAUAUUCUCAAGCAGGACUUAAUGUUCCAUCUUUCUAGUUCUGAUAAAGAUGCUGCUUCUAUGGCAGUUCCUAAAUUCAGCUUGGUUUAAAAAAAA